AUGUCUGACCAACCGACCAUUAGACUCGCGACUCCCGAAGAUGUCCCCCUAAUCCUCCAGUUCAUCCGCGAACUGGCCGACUACGAAAAGGCCCUUCAUGAAGUAGAGGCCACCAACGAAUCCCUCCUGGAAACUCUCUCCUUCCCCGACAGCCCUCCCAAGCGGGGCUCCGUAUAUACCGCGCUCAUCACUCCCCCCGCUACCCCGGACAAUGCCACUCCCACCCCCGUGGGCAUGGCCCUAUACUUCUAUAACUACUCGACUUGGCGCUCAGCGCCGGGUAUCUACCUGGAAGAUCUCUACGUGCAGCCCGUGGCUCGUGGUAGGGGAUAUGGGUUCAAGCUGUUGAGGUAUUUGGCGGCUAAGGUGCUGGAGGUCAAUGGACGCCGGCUGGAGUGGAGUGUGCUCAAGUGGAACGAGCCCAGCAUCAAGUUCUACAAGCAGAUUGGGGCAAAGGGUAUGGAGGAUUGGAUGAAGAUGAUGGUGGACGGCGAUGCCUUGACCAAGCUGGCAGGGGGGCUGUGA